AUGGAGGAGGCGGUGGUGAAGCAGGGUGUGCUCUACCUCCAGCUGCAGCAAACCUUCGGGAAGAAAUGGAGGAAGUUCUGGGGUGUUUUGUACCGGGAAAGCUCCUGCUCCAUCGCCCGCCUGGAGCUCUUCGAGGGCUCGGCGCCGCCGGCUGCCGACAAGCUGCGCAAAGGCGAGGGCAGCAAGCGGCUGGUCAAGCUGAGCGACUGCGUGCACGUGGUGGAGGCGAGCGGCGACGCCGGCUGCCCCAAGGAGACCGUCCCCUUCCUCCUGGAGACCACCGACAAGCGGUACCUCCUGGCCGCUGACGGCACCGAGGCGGCCGGCUGGAUCCAGAAGCUGUGCGAGCUGGCCUUCCCGAGAAGCAGAGAGGAGCAGGCGGCAGGCAAAGAUGGCCAGCAGACCUCGCUGGGCGCCGACGGUGAGUUCUCCAUGGAGGAAAACUCCCUCUACAGCUCCCGAGGCAGAGCCGGCUUGGAGCAGGCGUUCAAGGUGACGGUGAGGGCCACCGAGUCCUCCGAGCGUUGCCGGCUCUGGGGCCGGUGCAUCCUACGAGCCGGCGAGGAAGCGCUGGAGCUGCGGGAUUUCCAGACCUUGGAGAUCCUCUACAACUGGCCCUACCACUUCCUGCGGCGCUUCGGGAGGGAUAAGGUGACCUUCUCCUUCGAGGCCGGCCGGCGCUGC